AUGGAGAUGAUGAGGUUGAGAAGGUCAGGGCACCUGUUUGUAACAGUAUUUAUGUGCGGAUGUGGAAGUUUCAUGGUGGUUCCAGCCAUGGUUGAUGUGACCAUGAGUGCAGUCUGCCCAGGUCAAGAUGAAUGCUCUCUUGCUAUUUACCUCUCUGCCUUCCAACAAGCCAUAAUUGGGUUGGGGACGAUGGUAAUGAUGCCAUUAAUUGGGAAUCUCUCUGAUGAAUAUGGAAGAAAGACUUUGCUCACAAUACCCAUGGCUUUAUCCAUUAUCCCUCUCGCUAUAUUAGGUUACAGCAGAAAGAGAAACUACUUCUUUGCAUACUAUGUGGUCAAGACUCUCACUGCAAUGGUCUGUGAAGGAAGCAUUCACUGCUUGGCUCUUGCUUAUCUGGCAGACAAGAUUUCAGACAGACAAAGGACAUUGGCAUUUGGUGUUCUGUCUGGUGUAGGUUCUGGUUCCUUCGUCUUCGGAACCUUGGCAGCUCGUUUCCUUUCCAGUGACUUAACAUUUAAGGUUGCAGCUCUUUUGUCCAUGGUUGCAGCAGUGUACAUGAGAAUCUUCCUGGAGGAAAGUUUACCUGAUCAUGAUUUACUAGAACCAAUACUAAAACAAAGACAAGAUGUUACUGAAACUCAAACUCAUAAAGUUAACAAGUUUCCAUCAGUUCCAGAAGUUUCCCAUUUGCUAAAAACUAGCAAAACAUUUUCACAGGCUUUAAUUGUUGCCUUCUUCAACAGUCUGGCAGAUGGGGGCAUGCAAGCUUCAUUACUGUACUUCUUGAAGGCUCGUUUCCAUUUCACCAAGAACCAGUUUGCUGAUUUACUGCUCAUUUCUGGUGUUGCAGCCACCAUUUCACAGCUGUUUUUCAUGCCCAUCUUAGCACCAGUAAUAGGAGAAAAAUGGCUGCUUUCAAUUGGACUCUUGAUUAGCUCCAUAAAUAUCUUUCUUUACAGCAUAUCAUGGUCAUUUUGGGUUCCGUAUGCCAUUACCACAUCAGUUGUUUUUGUUGUUUUUACAGGCCCUACUCUACGCAGCAUUGCAUCAAGACAAGUUGGCCCUGCUGAGCAGGGAAAGGUGCAAGGAUGCAUCUCGGGAAUAAGUUCCUUAGCCAACAUUAUUUCUCCAUUGAUCUUUAGUCAUCUCACAGCUCUGUUCUUGUCUGAACGACCACCAUUUAAUUUCCCCGGCUUCAGCAUUAUGUGCAUUGGAUUUGCAUCGAUGGUUGCUUUCAUUCAGAGUAUUAUGAUCAGGGCUGAUGCUCCUGUUUCAAGCCACAAAACUACAAAUAGCAGCAUGGAAGCGUAGUCAUAAUGAUGGAUUCUCUGUCAUAGUUGGACUCU